ACAAAUUUUGUUUGAAAUAUGGCAUCACUUAUACAUUCUUAUUUCUAAACAUGGCGAUUAUAUGACUUAUACAUGUAGAAGGAUGUUACUUCUGCUAAAGGAUCAUAUUAUAAACUGCUUGUGAAGGUGAUGAGUCAGAGAUCUACAUUCAGUCGAACAAAAGAGCCGAGAAGAGAGAAAAUCAUCAGAAUCAGGCGUGAUGAUGACGAGAAGUUGCCUGGAGAUGAGACACCCUCUCGGCGAAGCUCUUCAGAACGAACUAAUGCUACAAACACUUCUGUAUGUACUAGAUAUAAAGAUACCUAUGGCGAAAAAUCUCGCUCUAAUAGUAGGGAUGGACUUGUGUUUCGUCGUCAAGAGCGUGGGAAGCUUCAUCCUCCGUUUUCAAAGAGUGGAGAAGCAUCUCCUGGCAGGCUAUCACACCCCGAUACAAUAAGAAAUGAAUAUUCGAGUCGUUCGAGUUAUGGUUCUCAUUAUAAUCGGAGCAUGAAUUCAAGGGACAGAGAUUACAUUCCAAAACGAUCAGGUUACUUAGAUAACAAUCAUAUUAUUGAUGAGCACAGAUUAAAGAAUUAUUUAAACCGUCUUUUAAGAGAUGAAGAUAGAGAAAGACAAGCUAGUAUGAUACGUCAAUUACGGGCAACUUUUGAACACCCUGAAAACUUGAAAGUUAUUCUUGCUCUCAAGGAAGAUAUUAUUUCUGCUUUAGAAGAUUUCAUACAGCCUGGGUUGAAUGCAGAAUUAAAAUAUGAACUAGUUUUAAUGAUUGGUACUUUCUGUGCAGUUUUAGGAUCAAAAGCCAAAAGUCUUUUGGAUUCACUAUUCACGGUUAUAAAUAAUGCUAAAAGCGAAGAAAUAAAGAUUAUCAUUUUGAAGAGCAUUCUUGAGGCAUUAAAAAUAGAUGGGGAGAAAAGGAAUCUAUCCGAGCACGUAGCAUCAAUCAUGGGAAAGCUGCAAUCCAGUUUAGAAAUAGCAGACAUGCCCGAAAUAUUUAUAGCCAUCAUGAAUGUUGUGACUGAAAUUUCAAUUUCAUAUUCUAAUGUCUUCUCUAAACAUUUUAGUGACACUGUUGAUAUUCUUAUUGGAUGGCACAUUGAUGCUACCCAGCAGCAGUCUGUGAUAGAAUUUACUUCCAAUACUCUUAUUGGAUUUCAACACUUUUGGAUAUCUGACAUUAAUUUUACAUUCACAUUAUUAGGACAAUUUUUGGAGGAUAUGGAGUCAUAUGCUCUGGGCUUGCCCAAGAAAAAACCUCAAACCAAAAAGUCUGUUUUGUAUCUUAAGGAGUUUGCUCAGUCUAAACUAAAUUUUUGUGGGACUGCUGAUAGUCACGCAGGAACAUCAGUGGAAAAUAUUGCUAAGAUAAAAAGUCUUGUGAAAGUUUUAAUUACUGUCUUGAAAAGCAUUCACGGUUGUGUAACGAUCGAAGAAAAUGGUCCGAUCACUUAUGCUUUUGUGGUUGAGAUGCUAAGAAAUUUUUUAAAGUAUAUCAUGGUGACUGUUGAAUUUUGCUAUUACUCUGACUUAAUGACAUCUGCGAAUGAAUGUUUAUUACUUCUGAUUACAAUGGCACAGCUUCAUACAAAAGAUGCCUUAGAAGAAUUAAUGGCCUACAUCCACUUAGUACAAGCAAGAAAUGCAAGACUUCAAAAUGAAGGUCACCUCAAAUCAGUAUUAUCAAUGUUGAUUUGCUUUGUGAAAACUAUUGGCACUCAUCUACCCAUCAAGUUUGUUACCACAAUGUUUGACAAAUCUUCUUUAACAAGGCAGCUCCGUCUCUCCCCUUCACAACAAAUUCAGAAGCUGCUUAUGGAGCUUUAUUAUGCAAUUCUUGCUGUUAAAAGUGUUCAAAUAGUUGAAGAGUUCUACAGGUCUAUUAUGUUAGACAUAGUAAAUGCUCAAGACAUCUUAUUCAGUGACCUUUCUGUAAAUAAUCAAAAGGCUAAACAAGAAGAAAUCUCAUUAUUACUUAGUGUGUGUGCUUUAGUUGAAAUAGGCAACGUUAAACAUUCAUUGAUUCGAAUGUUUGCAUUAAAGCCAAGUUUUUUUGAAUUAAUGACUAACCACCUGAACCCUACUCAGCAGGAGCUAAGCAAAAGAUUUCCCGAACUACAAUGUGCAAUUUUGUACAUUCUGUAUUCUCAUUGCAGAAGACAUUCUCAUUUUGUGAAUAGUAGUGCAGUGGUGAACCCUAAUGCUGCUGUCUCAGGAUCUCCAAUGUCCACUUCUGGUCAUAACUCUCCUAUAAUGACUGAUGUACCUCCUCCCUCUCCCACCACUGGAAAUUUAGAAAAAGUUAUUCAAGUAUUAGUCGAUUUGCUGGAGGGAACAUAUCAUUGUAGUGACAGCAGAUUACUUGCUGCAAGGUGGACCUUGGAAAUCUUAGAUAAUGUUCAACAACACCUUUCGCGCCUAGUUCAAAGUGAUCCAUUUGACAGCUUAAUAAGAGCCACUUUAAAUGCAGCUUUCACAAGUUCUGUUGCUUUGUGCAAAGUGUGUUGUAGAAGUCUUCACAUGUGUCUUAAAAAUGCGGCUUCUCUACUUCCUGAUUCUAUACUUCAAAAGACUUAUGAGUUGUGUUUACUGAGAAUGAGCAGCUACGAUACUGAAUUGCAGGAACUGUUUGUUUCACUUUUCUCAUUUUUACCUUUGGAUAUUGUUUUAAUGGGCAAUUCUGUUAAUUUCUCUAAAAAUGUUUAUUUAAAUAACAAGGAGGAUGUACCAAAAUUUCAAAUAUCGACUGUUGAUGUGUGGAAAGCAUUGAGGGGAUACAUGAAUAAGUCUUCUCCAGGAAAUUUUCAUAGCCAUCAUUUCAAGGUUAUCACUAAUUUCAUCCUUCAAAGGAAAGAACCCCAGGAAAACAAGUGGCUCUUACGCCUUUACUUCAGCUGCCCACCUCCCGAUCGUCAGAACAGCGUUGAUUCUUUAAUGACUUCAUUAAUAAAUGUUUCUUCUGCCGUUUUAUGGUUUUGGGCCAUUUGGGAAGUGGCUCAAUUUUGUGUAGUGUCUAAACUUCGUACUCCUCUUGGAAAGCCCCAAGAAACUUUCAUGGCCAUUGAGGCUGCUCUGAAAAGUGUUGUCAAACCAUCCAAGACACAAGAUAAUUUUCAAAGUGAGUCUAAGCAUACCACAUUAAAGCAAAUUCACCUGCUCCUCUCACUGCUUGAGCAAUUAGAAAAACUCAUGUACAAUGCGUACGAGGGAACAGCCUCAUCCCUUCCUUCACCGCCAAAGAAUGUGAGGACCUUCUUUAGAACUAAUAAGUCAACUUGUCACGAAUGGCUCAAUAGAAUUCGUUCUACGGCUACAUUAGUUGCUUUCAAUGCUGGUUGCCCUGCAGCAGCCGUUCGCCAUGGCUAUGAAUACUUGCAGGAAAUUAAAAAUAGUGGUAACUCCCAGGUUGUGGAAGUUGAGAAUACCUUGUACACAAUUGUAAAAGCCUUGAUCCAGUUACGAUGUCCUGAAGCUGUACUUGGACUGUAUAUAUGGUGUAAGGAGAAUUUGAAUAAGAAAUAUGCAUGGAUUAAAGCAUCUGUGGAUUGGGCAGCUGGAAGAUCUGAAAAUGCUGUUGAAGAAUUUAUUACUUUACUGCAUUCAAAAGAAAAGAGCUUGUCCAAACAUGAUGAUGACGUAAAAUCUCUAAAAGAAACUGAUCUUCAGUCCUCUGACUCAGAAGGCAUAUUUGGUGAAAAACUCAACAUGAAUGAAGUCGUUAAUAAGAGACCAACUGAUGUCUAUUUGCACUCUUUUUUAAUGAGCCAGAUUGUAGACUGUUAUACUAAUGUGCAGAAUUGGUCUGAAGCUGUAAAGUGGUCUGAAAGUCUAGAUUCCUUAAAAGUGUAUUUAAAUGGAAUGAACAGUCAGAAUUCAUCCUAUCAGAAUAAUUUAUCCUUUCUGAGGUGUCUUUCCUCUUUUGAAAAAAACCAACCUAUGUGUAACAUGAAAGAUGCUUCUUCUCUAUUAAAUAGCUUAGUUAUGAAUUCAGAUAAUAACUCCUCAUGGUUUAUGAGUGAGUUAUUAAAUAAAGCUCAACGAAGUAUAAUGACUUGCGCCAUCAAUACUCUCAUUAAAGGCAAAACUAGUGAAUAUAUGAAAGAAAGUUGUGAGAAAUUAAAUGAAGCGAAAGAGAGUCUCUUUAAAUUAAUGAAGGUUUCCCUUCUAAAUUGGCCCCUCCACCUGGAUGUGAAACAUGCUAGUCUUUACCUCUCCGCAUCUCAACAAAGUAAAAAGGUGCCAUCGUUGCUAUUGAGGGAAGGCAUGAAGCUGGAUUUGAGUGAUUCUGUUCUAGGAUUUAUUCAUGAGUGGGAAAAUAUCUGGUCUCAUGUUAGGCAGUCUACCUUUCCUAAUCAAGGGCACUCUUUUGAUUUACUCAUGAUAACUGCAAAGUCUGCUAGAAAACAGCAGAACUUCAAAAUGUGCAGUAAACUGCUUUUGAGAAACCUGGUACAUUUUGGUAUAAAUAUGCAAACUGUUGAUCUUAAAGAGGACUCCAGCAUCAACUCUCUGUUGUGCCUUUCUAAAAAAAGCUUGAAGUGGGAUCUCAAUGAUAAACUUCUUAGAAUUCAAAGAGAAACAGCCAAACUACUUCACUGUGUGGGUGAGAGUGACAAGUGUUAUGAUUUAAUGAUUAGUACCAUAGAUGCCUGUUUCCGUCAUUUAAGAGAAACAACUGAAUCUUCUAGUGAUGUGGAACAAUUAUCAGAUUUGAAUUCAAGAUCUCUGCUAAAUCUUGUGAAAUAUCUUCAACAUGAUAGUAAAACUGCUCAAGAUGAUGUUAAGAACUUACCUUCCUACUCAAAACUUCAUGAGACCGUUAUUGACAUUAAAAAUUCAAACAUGUCUUCGUUAGGAAAUGAUGUUUUUAAAAAUUUGAAACAAGAAAAUGUAGUGAGCGAUGUUGACUACCUUUCUGUACUUUUACUCCAAUUAAGUGUGCAGCAGUGUCCUUCUCUUGCUAAGUCCUGGUACAGUUUUGCUUCCUGGUGCUAUGCACAUGGUAGAAAAGUGGUGAAUUCAGCUUGCACUGGCUCCCUGAAUAUGUUACCUGAAGAAAAAUAUAAGAUAAUUUCAUUAAUUCCAAAUGCUUAUAAAGAAGAUAUUGAUAAUUUGCUGAAUAUAAUAACUAGUCUUCUUAGUACUUCAAGUGGAGAAUGGGAUAAUCAAGAAGUGGAUUACACAGAAAGUGGAGCAGAAGAAGUGAGAUGGCAACUCAUGACAUGUUGCCCAUUUCUCCUAAAACUUGACAAUCAUGAAGAAGUGAUUGAGAGCCUUUUGGAGAUGUGGAAAGUUCUUGUCAGUCGAGCAUAUUCUUAUUACAGAAUUGCAGCUGCAUCCUAUUUGCAAUAUUUGCAAUUAAAUGGAAAAGCUUCCAUUAAAGAAAAGACAGAAGAUGAUAACGUGACAGCAACUCUCCGUCUGUUGAGAUUGGUUGUAAAACAUGCCACAGAACUGAGAGAUAUUCUAGAGGAAGGUUUAGCUGAAACACCUACUGCACCCUGGAGAGGUAUAAUACCACAGCUUUUUUCUCGCCUGAAUCAUCCAGAGACGUACGUGAGGCAGAGUAUUUCUGACCUUCUGUGCAGAGUUGCUCAUGCCUCCCCUCACUUGAUUGUCUUUCCUGCUGUGGUUGGUUCUUUGACUCUGAAAGUAGGACCCCAACUUCAAGAUGAGACUGCUGGUUUAUUUGGUGCCUACUUUUCUGACACUGCUGAAGAAGUUUCUGGCUCCCAAGUUGAGGAGAGCCAACUGUCCGUUCAUGAGACCCUGGAUGAAGACUCUGAGGAAGACAGGCAAACAACGGCUGUCAUGCAGAACUGCUUCACAGCCCUCGUAGAGACCCUCGAAGGCCAGGACGAGAGAACUAUUUCUGAAGCACGCAAUUUAAUACAUGAACUCCAUAGGAUAACACUUCUUUGGGAUGAGUUGUGGCUAGGAACUCUGAGCAUGCAUCAAAGUGAAGUCAAUAGGCGAUUUUCAAAUUUGGAUAAAGAGAUUGGAAAAGUGAUGGGCAAUACAUAUUUAAAUAAAGAAGAAAAGAAAGAAAUUAUCAAAGAAAAGCACAAUGUUUAUGUGAAACCUACCUUGUUCCUGUUAGAACAAUUACAAGCAAUAACAAGUCAGCCUGCUGAAACACCCCAUGAACAGUGGUUCCAAAAAACAUUUGGAAAACAAAUCGAAGAGACUAUUAACAAACUGAGGAAUCCAGAGGAUCCAUCAAGACCUCAAAAUAGCUGGUCUGAGUUCAAAAAUCUGCACCAGUUACUCCAACAAAAAGUUCAUCAACAAUCAAGAUCUCACCUUAACAUGGAGCAAAUAAGUCCCAUUCUUGCAUCACUGAAAUCGACUGUUAUACCCAUGCCUGGAAUCAAUAAGCAAUUUGGUGGCGUCACUGUGCAAUCAGUGCAUAAUGUUGUGUCUGUCCUACCUACUAAAACAAAACCAAAGAAAUUGGCAUUUAUUGGAUCUGAUGGACAAAGGUACACUUAUCUCUUCAAAGGUUUGGAAGACCUUCAUUUAGAUGAAAGAAUCAUGCAGUUUCUUUCUAUUGUAAAUAACAUGUUUGCCAAAAAUAAAAGGCAUGGAAAGCAUUACGCUCGGCAUUAUUCUGUCACUCCUCUGGGACCUCGAUCUGGCCUUAUCCAGUGGGUUGAUGGUGCAUCUCCUCUCUUUGGACUUUAUAAACGGUGGCAACAAAGGGAAGCUAGUUCCUUGAAAAAUGCCUCAUCAAAUGUAGGAAUUCUGCGACCCUCCGAAAUAUUUUACAACAAGCUGACACCUUUGCUGAAAGAAAAGAAUGUUUCUCUGGAUAAUCGUAAAGAAUGGCCUCUGUCUGUUCUCCUGGAUGUUCUAAAGCAAUUAAUGAGUGAGACUCCAGAUAACUUACUUGCAAAAGAGCUCUGGUGCUCUUGCAGUAGCGCCCUUGAGUGGUGGAAUAUUACCCAAACAUAUAACCACUCAACUGCUGUUAUGUCUGUCAUAGGUUACAUUAUUGGUCUUGGAGAUAGGCACUUAGAUAAUGUUCUUGUGGAUCUAUCUACUGGAGAAGUGGUGCAUAUUGAUUAUAAUGUGUGUUUUGAGAAGGGAAAAAAUCUUAGAGUUCCAGAAAAAGUACCAUUUAGAAUGACACCCAACAUCAGAACUGCACUUGGGCUGAAUGGUGUUGAGGGUUUAUUUAGAUUGUCUUGUGAACAUGUGAUGAAAGUGUUAAGAAAAGGUCGUGAGACCCUCUUAACUUUAUUGGAAGCAUUUGUAUAUGAUCCCCUGGUGGACUGGACUCCUGGAAAUGAGGGUGGUUACACAGGUGCUGUAUACGGUGGGCAACAAGCUUGGGUAACUGAAACGAAACAGACACGCCAAGAAAUGGAAGUGGACAUUGCUUUGUCGAUGUUUGCGAUACGUGUUGCAGAAAUGAAAGGAGAAUGGCUCAAAAACAGAGAUGAGCUUCUGUCGGCCUUUCCGCAACUAGAAGUACUUCUUCAAGAAUGGAAAAAUGCUCAGCACAAGCUUCAGUCGGCAGAAACUGAACUGCAGGAUGCUUGUCAAGAAAAAGCUUUAUUAGAAGAAGCAUUAGCCAACCCAAAUCACAGCCUGUAUUCAGUACCCAAAAGGUACGAUGAAACGACCAUCGUGAAAUCGACGGUAAAUGCGACAAAGGAGGCUGCGAAUGAAAAGCUGAAUGAAUACAAGAAAUGGCAUUCUCUUCAUUGUGAAUCUCUGUCAGCAGUUUGUGGAUCAGAAUUAUCUAAGAGAUGCAAUGAUAUUUCUUUUGAUCAUACAAUGGAUAAUUUAUCAAUCACUCCUGUUGUAGAAUUCCUUCAAACAGCUGGUCAAGGUCCUCUUGUGCAGCAAUGUGAGCAUGCUGAAAGCGAACUUGCUAAUACUUUGCAGCAGCGCCAGAUAGCUUUGAGAAAUUGUGUCGAUUUACUUUCUGCUUAUGCUACAAUUAUAUUACAAUUUGGCCCUGGCUAUUGGGAGCAAAAUAGAUGUUUUAAAUGGCAACAGUGGCUGGAAAAUUUGCUAUCUGAUUUUACGUCUCUUAAAUGUCUUGAAGUGAUGGCUGAAUUCCGACAAUUAUAUGAUAGUGAAACAUCUGAUGGACUCCAGAUUGCCAUUUCAUUGAAUAUGCAAUUUCAGACACUCAUUAACGAAUCCAACUCAAAAGUUUUAUCGAUUCUUGAGAGAAUGCGCUUGGAAGGAGUUGAAGACAAAAAUACUCUUACUACUUUUUGUAAAGAAACUAAAUGUGCUAUAAUGCAUUACCUUGGAGAGUGUGAUGAAUCUUCUCAUCUGGCAUUUCUCUGUGUUUUCUGCAAAACAUUCUGUUCUAAGAGUUCUCAUUUAAUGAUGAUGGAAAGUGCUGCUAGUGGAGCUGGAGACAGACUUGUUGAUUUGGCAUCUUGGAAUGGAGAUUGGUUUCUGGAUGAGUUAUCUACUACCUGUGGAAGUUUAAAUGAAUUUGUUCAACUCUUGCAAGAUAGUGUGCCUGAAAAUGCUGAAAUGAAAGCUGCCAUUCAAGGGAUGAAAGCUGUCAAUGGUGUGUUUGCUGCUUUAGAGGAUCUUAUAUUACAGUUCCAAAACAUAAUUCUUCCUGAAGCCAUUCAAACAGCUCUUGAGCCAUCUGUCAUUGAAAUGGUAGCCAAACUAGAUAGAAUAAUAGCUCGAUGUGGCAUUCCAUUAGACAAAUUGGUAGAUGACUUGGAAGCCAACAUUUCAAAUUUUAUGGUAAAAACUCAGAUUCCGGAAAAUAGAGUUGCUGAUACUGUAAAAAAACUAAGAAAUGAGUUUGAGUCAUUAAUGCAAAGGACUGAACCUCAAAUAACUGGCCUGAACCAUGGACAAAUGUUGUUGAUGGGUUAUAAUGGUCUUUUCACUAAAGUAGAUUCUGACCUCGAUCAUUUAUUAGCAUUCUUGGAUAAUUUUAAUGUUCCACUGGGUUGGUCAAAACUUCCUUUUUUUCAAAAAUCUUUGGCCCUGUCUCCAGCCAUCCACCACCCGGAGGCUCGACCCGUCUUGAAGGAUAUCUACUUUGCUCAGAAACUCUUAGCCAUGCAAGAGUCUUUUCAUUUGUGUUACAAUUUUGCUUCCUCACUGCAAUUGAGUAACGGGGGAGAUGCUCGCCUUGUCACCGAUCAUCAGCUAGUCAAGCCUGUAAAACAUUACACUGCAAACUUUGUUCGUCAUAUGCUACUUGGCUUGCCUUCUCAAGUUUCGGGAUUCGUCCUCUGUGCUCUAAUGAAAUGCUUAGGAUUAGAUUUGACAUCUGAUGCUCAACUACAAGAAAUGGAUUUGUCGAUAGAUGAUAUUGUACAUCGUGUUUACAAUAAAUGCGUUUCAGAACAUUACUUGGAUUCACAGAUAUUACCUUUGAAUUCCUUACUCAAUGCUUUUGACGCAGCUUGGCAUAAGGAAGAUUUAUCCAGGCGAAUGGAACAGUAUCUGUUGAUUGGUAGAAAUAGCCAACAAAGAGCUCAAUUGCAAUUUGCUCGUUUUCAGUGGCUUAAUGAAGAUUUAAUAUUGCAAGCCAACAUAGGUGUUCUUCAAAAUCCAUCAUCCAGGACUUCCAUUAUGUCUGAAAUACGAAAAACUGUGAGCACUUUAGUUGCCUUAGAUUGUAUUGUGAGUAGUGCUGAAGAACGUUAUUUGAAUCUGAUUGGAGGAAUUGAACAAAGAUUAAAAUGGGCUGCUGGAGCAAAUCCUUCUCUGAGUACCAUACAGGAAGAGUUUGAGAGUGCUAUUGCUAAUAAGACUACUUCUGUCACGAAAGCCAAUCAAGUGUCUAGAGAAUUAGUGAAUGUUUGUAAUGCUAUACUUCACUUUGAAGCUUUAAGAACAAGAACUACUGAAGCAUUGUCAUCGGAUACUUCCUUUAUGACUUUACUCAACAGGUGUAAAGAAACAUGUGAAUUGUCAGAAAGUUGCCAAAGCCAAAUAAGUGUUAUUGAAGAACAUCUUAUAUCAUUGAAGCCUCUGGAUAAAGAAGGUGUUACAACAGAUUGGUUGACUUCUGUCAUCAAAAAAGUCUCUCUCUCACUCACAACAUGUCGUGAAAAACUAGAGCAACAAAAGUCUGUUGCAGCUGCUUGCUGGGAAUCCUUGCAUCAACAAGUCACUGUAGUUCAUGACCUUAUUUCUGUACAUCAUAAAUUAAUGUCUGAAGUGAGGCAUAUUUUAAGAAAUCUUGCCAAAAAUGAAGAGCAAAUACUUGGUGCGGAGUUCAAGUGUGAAGGAGAAAUUCAUGGUUACAUGGCCCUAUACAAGGAGUUCUCUGAACGUAUUUCAUCCAUUGUGAGCAGCCUUCUCGGUGACUCCCAAGAUUUGGAUCUUCUUUCUUGCUCUGUUGAAGAGGAAAUUCCCAUCCUAACUGUGAAUGCAGCUGAGAUAUACAACCAGUUGAUUGAUUUGGCUGGUCCAAUAGGAGAUAGGAAGCAUGGACAAAUGGAAAGAAUUGUGGUUUCAAAGAAUAUGUUGUCUCCAACAAAUGAAACACUUUCUUGCUAUUCACCUAUGCGCACUAAAACACCAAGAGUUGGAACACCUAAAAAACAAGUUAAAAGAGAUCCAAGGACGGGAAAAGCUGUACAAGAACGUAACACUUAUGCAACAAAUGUUUGGAAACGUGUGAAACUAAAGCUAGAUGGAAAAGAUCCUGAUCCUAUGAAAAAGUCAAAUAUUUCUGAACAGAUUGAUUUUGUUAUUAAGGAAGCGACCAAUAUGGAAAAUCUAGCUGUGCUCUAUGAAGGCUGGACUCCCUGGGUGUGAUGAUAAUUGGUCAAAAUACCUCCUGUGAGAGGUUUCAUUCAAAUAUCUUGAGUAGAAGUCGCUUCUAUCUCUUAAUUCAAUGUGGAUGAGAUUGGCGUGCUUGUUAUUGUCAUUGUCUCGCCACAAUCCCCUCAUCUCACACCGUAGGGCUUUUCGCCGCCCCCCAUACGCCGCUGGCAAGAUACAUCCUCGGGAACAACAACAACAGACCACCACAGAGAAGCUGGUCGCAGAGCAGAUAUCUCGUGAGAAUUUUUGCAUCAUCGUGACAACAUCUUUAUAAAAGGCAAUCUCUUUAUUAUUAAUAAUACUCAUUUUGUUAGUUGUACUUGCCAUAUAUUUUCCACCACUUAAGAGACAUUCCAAAAUAUAUAUUUUAAUAAUUAUAUAUUAAAAUAAUUUUUAAUGGAUUCGAAGGUGCUUUGCCAAAAAUUUACCUAAGGAAAUACUUUUAAAAAAAAUAUUCUUUAAAUUUUUGCAUUAAUAUAAAUAAAUAUUUGAUUUUUCCAUUAUUGUAUUUUGUUUUAUAUGUUACUUGUUUGACUGAAUUUUUGGCAUGUUUAAAUUGUAUUGCAUUUAUGCUAUUAUUAAAUGUGUGGUUCUAAAAUAAAUGUUUAGAAAUAAAUUAGCGAUCCAUUACAAAUUUUAAAAAUAUGUGCAUGAAUGAAAUUUUAAAACUAUU